UGAACCGCGGGAAGUGUACACGAGCUUUGUAGUGCGUGACCGGUGCCGGAAUUAGAAUUUUCAAAUCAUAGUGAUCUGAUGCUUAAAAUAAAAUAACAAAAAGCUUCACUCCAUUGAAGGAUCGCAAGUGUUUGUGAGUGUAUGUGCGUGUGUGCUCGGUGUGUGUGUGUGUAUAAGUGAGUGUUUAAAGUUUGGCAAACAAGUGCUAAAAGUUAAAAAUUGAUCCAGAAAAAAGUGAGCGAAAAGAGGAGAAAGAGAAAGAGAGAGAGAAAAAGAAAAGAAGUUGCCAUAAGAAAGGGGAAAAAUAGAAUCUUUCCCAAACAUCGCCCAGUGUGAUAAGAGAAGUGUUUUCACCCGCUGUAUCCCCAAAACUUCCAGCGAAACAACUGUGUGAAGAGUGUUUUUUUUUUGCUGCUGCUGCUACCCGGUCUCCCCGCGAUUCGAGGCGACAAGCGACGAACCGAACGUACUGAAAAGCGCGGCACGAUGCAUCUUCGCAGCUGGGGUGCGGUGCAGCUUGCACUGGCGUUGGCCGUCGUGCUGGUCGGGACGCUGGUUGAAACUCUUCCACAGUCGAGCAUAAGCGUUUCGAAAGAGCAGCGCAACAAACAGGAAGCGGUGGAAAGCCCGGCCGAUGACUACGAUGAGGAUUAUGACGAUGACGAGGAUGUGCCAUCGCAGGAGAAACCGGAGAUCAGUGACAACGCGCUGCUGGGGACGAAUCUGCUAACCAAGGACUACAUCGAGCAGGCCCGGGCAAGCGAACAGGUUACGCUCAAAUGCCAAGUCAGCAACCCAACAACUAACACCAUCAUCAUGUGGUACUACAACCAGAAGCCCAUCUUCCAGCAUAUGACUAAACUGACGUCCGAUACGCGGUAUGCGCUACUACCGGACUACUCGCUGCAAAUCGAUAACGUGCAGCUAGCGGACGAAGGUGUCUAUUCCUGCCAAGUACUGCCCAACAAAAUGAGCGUCAAAAUUGAGCUGCAGUUGUUGACACCUCCAAGAGAUGUUCACAUCAUGCAUGGUAACAAGAUCAUUAACGAUUCAAUUGAAGUUCAUCAGCGAGAUCGCAAGUUUAUUCUGUUGUGUUCUGCCGGAGGACAUCCCACACCACUGAUCACCUGGUCUUAUCGCGGACGCCACCUGGAUGAGGAAAAUAGCCGACAGAUUGGCAUUGUGCUGCGCAAGGAGUUCUUGGACAUCCAUGAAGUGAAGGCCCAACAUGCCGGGGACUACGAAUGUAUGGCCCAGAACGGUAUCGGUGAUCCAGUCAGUUGGACCGUGACCGUGGUUGUGAAAGAUGAAUCAUCGGAAGAGCUGGAGGACGAUGAUAUGGAUGCGUCCAAUGUAACUGCACCACCGCUGGAGAAAGGCAGCCCAAUCAUACACAAACACACCAGCUACAUCAACAGUGCCAUCGGCGAGAAUGUGGAGCUCGUUUGCCAGUACGACAGCAAUCCAGCGCCACGAAAAAUUCAGUGGCUUCGGGAUGAUGAGAUUGUGCAGCAGUCACCUGGCCAGACUACGAUCACGAACGAUCACCACAAUCAUCACAACCGUACCCGACUCACUAUCCGCAAUGUUCAGCAAAGGGACUUGAAGUCGUACUACUGCAAAAUUGAGAAUGAGCUGGGAGAAGCGAUUUCCAAAACGAUCCUUGGACUGGUACCGGGAGGAGCACAUCUGAUGUACUCCAACGUUUCCGAUGGAUUGUUGCACACGUGGUGGAAAAUUCACAGUAUUCAAACAAUCUCCGAAAUGCAGGUGCUCUACCGUGGAGAAAAUACCAAAUACGCACCGGUGAAUGCGGAAAUCUCCAGCCACGACCAAAACACCGAUGGAUACACCUGGACCAUUCGCAAAUCGGUCCGACUUCCGGAGGGCGAGUGGUUUGUGACGGCCCGGGCACGCAACACCGAGGGUUGGUCCAGUGCCGAAAGCCUGCCGCACCGGUUCCAGAUCCGUGAUGCGAUGGACAACAUUCAGGUCGCUUCGAUCGGUGGUUCGAGCGGUGCCCAUCGGACGCUUCCGGUGCUAUCGGCUGGCGCGUUGGUGCUGUUGCUGUUGCCCUUCGUUAAGUCACUAGUGUAUUAAUGUGUUGUAUAGAGGCAUGCGUCGGAAGCAGCGUGUAUAAGUGAGCGAAUGAGAGCAAGCGAGGAUAGGUAAAACAAAAAAGCUUCUAAAAGUAGCAUAAAUAAGCGAAAACUGAACCAAUUUUUCCUCCCCUCCCAUCCCCUCCCAUCCCAUCCCCAGCACUUUCCUUUCUCCCUUUCCCCCACGCACGGAACACGUUAAACAUUCAGAACCGGGAUGGGAGAACCACGUAAAAACGGUUGUUCUGUCCGGUUGUUUGUUCUGAUACUUCAUCACGAUUGGAAAAAAACGGUGCAAAGAGAAAAAGGUAUUCAUCCUCCGACCAGAUAUCGCACCAGGACGGUAAACACUUGCCUAACAGUCGUUGAAACUUAUGUGUGAGUGCGUGUGGGAAAUCACUGGAUUACUUAUAUUGAUAUAUCGGUUGGGCGCGUAAUGUGAGUGAUACGAGUUACGUGUAACCGAAUAGGAAGCGUGUAACUCACCAAGGAGCGAUUUAGCGAGCUAGAGGCAGCGAAACAAAACAUAAAACGUAUGUGUGUUACACCAAACUUUCCCUUCCCUAAAGACAGCAAAGCCAUCAAUUCCCCAACCGCAAGGGACGAUCCCUUUUAAGGCCUCGAAGGAUGAAGGAAUUCAGAUUUUGAACACAACGGAAGGAAAGGAAGGCAACGUAGAUGCAAAAUCAAAGCGAUAUAGUUAUAUUACGGUAGGCAAUGUGUCGGAACAGUCGGCAGGCGGAUAGUCUAACCAAAAGAAGAAUCUUCAUAACAGUCCUUUAUACCCGGUCGCUGCGCCGCUGGACACGUACACUACCGAUUACCGGUCAUGCCCUUCGUGAUAAGGAUGCGCACGUAUACGUGGCAUGUAGAUGGGGUGGAAGAGAGGGUAAAAACCACCACACCACACUGGCGUGUUCGUUUACCCCGUAGCCCCAAAUUAACGUUUAAAACAAAUGCGUUCAGGCGCGUCUACCGUCUUAUGUUGUUAGUACGUUCCUCCCUUCAUUUUAAGUCCUUCAAAUUCAAAAAACCGAGAAAAAAAACACACACAUUCAAUCUAUUUGCCUUUCUAUAGAUGCCUUUUUGUUAUUAGGUAGAAGCUUUGUUCAAAAACUGUUCCCCUCUCUACUCUUUUUUGCAAAAUCGAACACCCAGGCAGGGAGCAGUAUAAAAACAUUUUAAAACAAGUGGUAUUUUAGCUCGUUUAGCAAAACAAAAGCCCAUCAAUGUGAAGAAUACACUUACCGAACAGCAUAAACUAUACACCCAAUAUGAUAACCAAAAUUGCCUUUGGAUGAAAAAAAGAAUAAAUGCUCCGUGUGUGUGUGUGUCGAUGUAAAACAUAAAGCAAAAUCCCAAUUUCGUAUAAAUGCAAACAAAAACAAACAACACAACUUUGGUUCGAAAAAGAGUAGCGCAUUGGAGGUAAUAGGACAGAUUUGUUGCAAAACAAAACAAAACAAAAAAAGCAAAAUUGGAUAAGAGAAGGGAAAACAGUUCAGUUUUGUCAACAUUGUAUAGAGAAAGUAAUAAUAUGAAUGCCUCUUUCCCCUCUCCAGACCAAAUAAAACAAGUAGCCUGUCACGCUACCCUAAGAUCCAUUAAAUAUUAUAACCUUUCAUCAACUUUGUUAGACUAGCGCAAACACCUUUUUCCGCAUUUGUUUUCUUGUAAAUGUAGACAACGUUAUUUUCCUUCGAUUCACCAACCCCAGUGUGCUUAGUCGCUUAGUGUACUACCUUUAAGAUCAACAUUCAUUUCUUGUCCAUUUUUUCCCAACGUUUUCAAACUUGUUUCAAACGAAUCCUUUCCCACAUUCUUGUUUCCUUACUGUUGUUUACGUUUUUAUUUCACCCCAGCAUUACUGCUUUAUCUGUAAGCACAUAAGUUAAACUUAGUUAACCUAAACAAAAAAUAGUGCUCUAAGCUAUCGUAUAGUAUUUUGGAGGCAGGAUGAAGUCAAAGUCGUGUAGUAGUGGCGCAAAGGUGUACUAUAGAGGAAUGCGUUGGAAGGUAAAGAGUAUGCAAAAUUCUGACCGGAAAGUAGAGAAAGACUAGACUAGGAAAGGAUGUGAACGAAACAGCGAAUUAGCUCUACAGGUUGGCAAAGCGAAACAAACCAAACAGAAAGUGGAUGUAAUGCAGACAUUUACAGUACUUUCCGCGUUCUAGUUUUAGAAUGAUAAGAUUCCGUUCCGUUAUUUUAUAUUCUUUAAAAAAAAUCAAAACAGCUGCUCUGGCCCUAAACCAAUACAAAUAGUUACAAAGAAACAUUUUAAAACACAACACAAGUCGCAAACACAGUGUACGCAAUAGAUUUUCUUUGUAGACGUUACAUCAAUAUUUGCUUAAACGAUCACAUCAAGCCACACAUCAUUAUCAACAAUUUAGAUGUUUUAGCCCCUAAACUAGCUCAUGAAGGUAGUUUAGCAAUAGUCCCUUGAAAGCUUGAAUCUGUCCCCUCGGCAGAGCAGCGUUAGUUUGUUGAUUCGUAUACUUUACGGUUUAUUAGUUUGUCUACGGGCACAACAACAAUUCGCCAUCUAAAUGUUAACCAAUGUAAUGUUUUUGUUUUUAAUGUGCAACAACAAUCCAAAUGGUUGCAUCGUAAACAAAACAAAACAGAAAGUGCUAUAGGUUUGUAACGUAACGAGGAAUCCUAAUCGGAGAAUAAUGCAACAAAACAUUUAAACUAUUUAAAAGCAGAAAAGUAUUUGAUAGUGCACUUGGGCGAAAAGAAGAAAGAAAAAAAAAAGAUUAUAAGCCGAAAAUGAGCAUGAAGCAGCAUAAAUCAUGAGCAAACCCUUCAAUUCGGCAAUUAGACGAAGUAUAAUAAAUUGAAUAACGAACACAGCACACCCAAACACUAACCCUAAUAUGAGCUAUGUUAUGUACCAUUAAUGAAUGUUAAAUAGAAUUGAUGAAAUUAGAUAUGGGUAAAACAAAAACUUAACAUGGCGGACGAAGGUGCGAAUAGAACUUUGGCAUUGGUUAGCAGUUGAAUCAAUUUUAUGCAGGAAAAGAUACAGAAGAAAAAAAACAAUUGUAGAGCGUAAAACCCUUUCGUGCACAGUGGAACAGUGGAAUGGAAAAUAAAACGGAAAACAUC